CCCCUCCAAAUUACUGGAUUCAGGUGUUCCAAUCACCUCCAUGGCCACAGGUGUAUAAAAUCAAGCACCUAGGCAUGCAGACUGCUUCUGCAAACAUUUGUGAAAGAAUGCGUCGCUCUCAGGAGCUCAGUGAAUUCAAGCUUGGUAUUGUGAUGGCUUGCCACCUGUGCAAUAAGUCGAUCCGUGAAAUUUCCUUGCUACUAAAUAUUCAACGAUCAACUGUUAGUGGUAUUAUAACAAAGUAGAAGCAACUGUGAAUAACAGCAACAUUGCAAUGCAAAGCAUUGGAUGCAGAGGUGUAAAGCAUGCCACCACUGGACUCUAGUGCAGUGGAGAUGUGUUUGGCAGUCCGAUGGACAUGUCUGGGUUUGGCAGUUGCCAGGAGAACGGUACUUGCCUGACUGCAUUGUGCCAAAUGUAA